CAUUAGGUAUGUAUCUGUUUUGGUUCUUUAUUUUGUAUCGCAAAUUGUAUAGAAAUAGUUUGUUUUCAUACGUCAUGAAAGUUACAAAAAUCAAAUAAAACGUAAACUAAAGGAGUUUAAAAUGUCGUGAACUGCAAGGUUGUUCAGCAUAAAAAUGUUAAUAGCCACGGCUCAUGACUAGAAGUAUCUGGACGAUUUCUAUAUCAUCGACAAUGGAAGAUGAUCCAGAUCUGAGAUCUGUACAUGCAGAAAUACGUUCGUUUGUACUAUUCAGAAAUUUUACACAACGGUCAGUUGAUAUUUACUGGGUAAAUUAUUCCUCCAAAUUUAUCCACUAUUCGGCUCUCGAACCAACCGCUCAGGUAGCGGUUAAUACGUACGUCACCCAUCCCUGGGUUUUCAUCGACAAGAUGACCGGCGAAAGAAUGAUGGUUAACCACGAGCCGGUAUAUUAUCCUGUCCCGUGGUACAAUAAUAUCGACGCCAGCGGCAAGUUGGGACGCACCAACGUUCAAAUACAUUUCCCGCUGAGAAGUUUGAGGGAUAUCUGUGCCUGGAAAAUAAUCGCAUCGCUUAGGGACAAAGAAAGUUUCGUUCAGCUUGAACUCCCGAAGGUUCUACUCGAGGAUCUAAGAGCAUGUUAUAAUCUCUUUUUAGCAAAUACCAAGUUAACGAAAUAGGUAAAGGUGAUAUUUACACAAACGUAGGUUUUAUUGAGCGAAUACAUUUGCAUUUAAUUUUCCGUUCGUUAUCGUGAAAGUCUGAAUUUCGCUCGGAAAGAAUGAAAAAUCUUUACAGUUUCGUUUUAGACUAGACAUUGUCUUUAUUUUUUUUAGAUUCGCAAUAUAUUCCUUAAUAGAAUAACAUAGUUUCAAAAUACAAAAAUAUUCCUCGAUCA